AUGGCCGCAACCGAGGGUGAAAAGCUAAAGAAAACCAACCCCCUUUUCUCGCUUGCGAGCGGUACAUUUGCCGGUGCGGUGGAAGGAUUUGCGACCUAUCCGAUCGAGUAUACCAAGACGGUAUCACAGUUUGCGACCAAAUUAGGAAGCAAGCCUCCCAAUCCGCUGGCCAUUGCUCGCGAUACGGUGCGCGAUCAUGGCAUUACGGGUCUUUACAGUGGAUGUGGUGCGCUAGUCGUGGGUAAUGCUGUCAAAGCGGGUGUACGAUUUUUGUCCUACGAUUAUUUCAAGUCGAUGCUCCGCGAUGAAGACGGAAAGCUGAGUGGACCACGUAGCCUGCUCUCCGGGCUUGGUGCGGGUAUGAUGGAAGCUAUCUUCGCCGUGACGCCGAGUGAGACCAUCAAGACGAAGCUGAUCGACGAUCAGAAGCGCAUUAAGCCCAAGUACCCUCCGGGCCUGGUCAGCGGCUCCAUGGCCAUCAUCCGCGAUGAAGGGCUGCACGGCAUCUACCGUGGCCUCAUUCCAGUGAUGCUCCGCCAAGGCGCGAACAGUGCGGUGCGGUUUGGCACCUACUCGACCCUGCGCAACUUUGUCCAAGGCUCCUCGCGUCCGGGCCAGCCCCUCCCGGGCGGCAUUACGUUUGGGAUCGGUGCCAUCGCUGGAAUUGUCACCGUGUACGCCACGAUGCCGCUCGAUGUAAUCAAAACGCGCAUGCAGUCGCUUGAAGCACGGACGCUGUACAAGGGUACAUUCGACUGUACUUUCCAGAUCCUGCGCCAGGAGGGCGUCUUGGCAUUCUGGCGCGGCGCUACGCCGCGUCUUGCGCGUCUUAUGCUCAGCGGUGGAAUUGUAUUUACCGUGUACGAGCAGAGCAUAGAGUCUCUCGAGCGCAUGUUUGGAUAG